CAAGAGGCACACAAAUAUGGAAUACCUAAAUGUGAAAGGAGAAAAUAAAAAGUUUGAAGAGUAAUAGGAAUAAAAAAAAGAAGCUAGAAACAGAUAUCAAGUAAUACCGAAAUAUUAAAAGAAAGAAAAAGUGAAGUAAGAAGGGGAGAGGAGGAGAACUCUCGUGAACCGACGCCAAGCGAGGAUGUUGUGCUUGGAUAUGAAGCUGGUCUCUCGUUUGCGAGGGGUCUCGUUGACGAGUGGCUCGUCUACAAACGUGUCAGCCUCGGUGCCCUCCUCGUCGGCGACCUCGACCUCAUCGACGGCUGCCGGCGUGGAUAAGUGCAAACGAAGCAAAGGAAAAAGGGAGAGCACCUCGGCACCUGGGAACGGGAGCUCGGUGAUGGAGAGUGAUAGCGACGACGAAACAUUGGCCGUGCCGCAUGAGGCGAUACGCAGGAACAGGUCCAGAUCGGUUUGUGUGUCCGCGCUCUCAUCCGUGCACGCCAGGCAUCUACAUCGUCGCGCCAGCCAUCACGUGUCCACCACAGAUGCCAUUUCCAGGAGAGGUGUUCUCUCCAGGCGAUAUUAUGGCAGCGUCGAAAUGCUGCCGCAGAUCGAGCAAGACGGCAUUGACAAUGGAAGAAGGUUCCGAGUGGAGAACGGUGAUUCCCCCGGCGAAAAAGAGGAAAUGUUCGGAUCGCCAAGUACGCCAAUAUUGGAAAAUCCGGAGUACCAAACGCGUUGGUACUUCAAAUACUUUCUCGGAAAACUUUUAUACGAGAUGCAAAUAUGCAAUCUUCUUCACGAUCCUGACUUAAUGAUAGGAAGAAUCUUUUAUACACUUAGUGACUCAUUUACAGAGGAAGGUAGUCCAGGUUUUAAUAACUUCCUUGAAAUACUGGGCGAGAGAAUACAACUGAAGAACUGGGACAAGUAUCGAGGUGGUUUGGAUGUAAAAGGCGAUAUGACCGGGAAAGAAAGUUAUUACACGGUAUACGCGGGACACGAGGUGAUGUAUCACGUAAGCACGAUGCUUCCCUAUUCAAAGGAUAAUCCGCAACAGCUGGAGAGAAAACGGCAUAUCGGAAACGAUAUCGUUAACAUCGUUUACACAGACGACCCUAACGCGAUAGACACGUUCAACCCGAACUGCAUUAGAAGUCAAUUUACGCACGUGUUCGCCGUGGUAUCAGCUGAAGAAAACAGCAAAGCAUGGCGCGUAGCCAUUUACUGCGACGAAAGCGUACCUCUGUUCGGGCCGAGUCUACCUUGUCCGCCGGUGUUCGAGGACCCUUACAAUCUGCGAGAAUUUCUUCUUGUGAAGCUGAUCAACGGCGAAAAAGCCACAUUCAACACCCCAACGUUCGCCCAAAAAAGAGAAAGAACUCUCGAUGCUCUUCUGCGGGAUAUGUAUCAAGAACAUUCGCAGGAGAGUAAAAGCAACAAAGGAAAACCGAUCGAAUUUUCGCAGAGUAUGUUAAACCGACGAGCGUUGUCGGAUGUGGUGGAGGCUCCAGGUCGACGUCGCGAGGAGACGCGUGCUGUGGAGAUGGUGCGCGUCGGCCAGGCCCUCAAACUGGAAGUUAUUGUUAGAGGCUUGGCGCCAACGUCCUUGGCCACGGCUGGCCCAUUGAAGCCCAGACCGUGGGAACCGAGAUGCAUCUAUCCGGAUUUUCCUCACGAGGUUGUCUGCGGUGACGUCUGGCUCGAUAACAAGCUAAUCCUUGCUACUGAAAGCGGGACAUUUUUGGUUGAAGAUAGUCUAUCGCACAGAUUAAUAUUCGACGAGUCCGUGCAAAUUAAACAGCUGGACGUGGUCGAACAACACGGGAUAUUGUUGUUUCGCGCCGGCGACAAAGGCAAGGAGAGCAACGUGUACGUUUUUCGUCUGAGGGAGUUCGAUAACAAUACCGUGAACAGGACCACAGAUCUCCCGAAUGAUCGUGAAGAGGAUCAAGAGUACGAGGACAACGGGGACGACGAUGACGUAGACGACGACGUAGACGAAAGCGAAGAGACCGAUUUCGACAGUUUCACGCGAGCCACUUCUAAAUUCAAGCCCGCGAUAAGACGCACUCGUACUCACGUGCGUCCUUUGGCAGUCAGGGGACGAACUCACAUAAAAGAUAGAAGGCUUCCGAGGACUCGCGGGUGUCAUUUGUACACUAUUACUAUGCCCGGUGGCUCACAUCUACGUAUGUGCGUGGCGGUUGGCCGACGUUUAACAGUUUUGCAAUGGAAGCACAGUGCAGCAUGGACGGCGUGGUGUUCCGCUGCAGAUACAGACACUAUAGAUGGUUUCGUGCACCUGAAAGAGUUCAAUGCCAGCGAGACACCAUCGUUAUUGACAAUAUUGGAAAACCCUGAUGUAAAUAACGAAUGGACUCUUUGCUGUGGUAUUCGGCACCAUUUCGAGUUGAUCUCGGCCUCCGGAAGCAGCAGAAUCCUUCAUGUCGAAGGAACACCGAAGCCGCACCUAGUGGCUGCCUUGGAUCUUUGCGAGGACGAAGAACCUGAACUUCUGCUGUGCUACAACAAUAUGUGCCACUUUCAGAAACUCUUAGAAGAAACUACCUCAGAACCCACAGAGUUCGAUUUCAAUUGGAAUUCCGUGCCGGCAGCAAUAGCUUGUGCCUUUCCCUAUGUGAUCGCGUUCACGAACGACACGAUGGAGAUACGAUUGAUAAUAAACGGGAAUCUGGUGCAUACAAUCGCCAUGCCGAAUCUAAAUCUGAUCACUUCAAAGCAGGACAUAUACUUCUCAACGACAGCACCGGAGUUUCUACCGGGAAAGUGCGAGAGGAUCCGACUGGACUCGAAACCUUCGGACAAGGAGGAACCGGUUUCCAGUCCGCCACCUCUCGCGCAAUCAUCGUCCUCUCGAUCCAAUCUGCAAAACAAUCAGGGCGACUGGAAACCGAUAAGAAUCUAUCAGAUUCCGUUACAAACACUGUCGAGGAGCACGUUAUCGACCUGUACGCAACGUCGGUGUCCAAGUCCGGCUGAACCGGAAAUCAUCUCCACGCCACCGACCACCGACAAGACGUUCCUCACUGUCGAGCCUCACAGAGCAUUGAGCAGAUCCUGCAGCAGUAGCCCGACACCAACGCCGACGAACGCGAUUCCGCCGCGAUUCAGAAAAUAAAUUUAAGUCGUCUUCGUGAUGUUUUAUUUGGCUGGCUGAGAAUUAUAGGGGCGUUGUAACGAUAUUUCGCAGCUGUACCUGAAGCUCGUGCCUCGGUAGGAUUGACGGCCGAUAGAGUGCAUGAGUUCUAUGCGUUGAAAAGUGUAGCUAGGAUUUACUGCCGUUGCAAAGAGUACUGGAGACAAGUUUGCUAUAAUAGACCGAUGAUUAAUCAUACUUGCAAAAAGUGCCCUUGGCGUCUUUUAAGCAUAAAAAACUGUUCGGUUAUAUGUGAUUCCUGUUUUUCUUUUCAUUUUAUACGGUACGAAGGCGCUUUUUUAUGAAGCUUGAUCUUAAGAACUUACGUGAGAGUUUACCUGAUUGCCGACACAUUGCGGACGGAUAAUUAUACGUACAUACGUAUAUACUACUCUUUAUCUAAACAGAUAAAAACUAUGAGGACAAAUAGGAAAUUACUUUUGAAAGAGUAACAAAUAAGAACGGUAAGCGUCGCUAAAUAGGAAAUUAUUUUUGGAAGUGGUUGCUUCAACUU